AUGUCGCAGUACGAAGACAGAUCGUUGCUUUGUAGUUCCCCUUCGAUGAAUCAUGAAAUGAACUAUCCGUCAUUGAUUGAUCGUGAAUAUAAGCGGUAUAUGUUGCAAGAUAAUAGCGAUUUGUGCUAUCUGAGGCAUCCAAGUGGUGUUAUUGUUGUGACGCUUAAUAAGAAACAUCCAGCGAUGCGAAAACGAAUCACUAAGGUUGACUGGCAAAUGGGUAAACAUAAGCAACUUGAUCGCAGUCGGCAGAAAGUGGUCGGUAAAGCUAAAAAGGGUGGAUUGGCUUUGAUGGCUGACACAAAACUUUGUGAAUUGGAGUGCAACGACGGAACUCGAUACGUAUUACGAGCGGGUAUUAAAGCGAAUUUAGUUGAAGUAAAUGAUCGUCUAGCUGCUGAUCCUGAGUUGAUCCGUGAGCAUCCUGAAAACACCGGAUAUAUCGCUGUGUUCAUACCUUAUGCAGGCGACCGACGUAAAACGCCAACCGUUUUCUCCGAAGAUGAUUGA